AUGAGUCCUCUGGUUGACAGCCUGAUACAGAAGCACAACACAUCUGCUAACCAGGGAUACCGGAAACUACAGAUCUUUUUAGGUCGUGUCCCCAGGCCAGAUGGGGAGGAAGAAUUUGAGAGUUGGAUGGAUCAGGCUAUGCAGGCGAUUGAAGAGUGGGAUGUGUCAGAAGCAGUGAGGAGACAGCGGAUCAGUGAAAGUCUCCGCAGCCCAGCAGCAGAUGUCAGCAGAAGCCAAAAGAGGGGAAGACCGGAUUGUGAGGCUAUGGAUUAUAUCGAGGCUCUGUAUACCGGUUACGGACGGGUGGAGAAGUUACCAGGUCCGAUGUACAAGUUUGAGCAUACCCACCAGUGGAGGGGAGAGAAGCUGUCUGACUAUGUUGUUCGGGUGGAUCGGAUCCUGCACCAGAUUAUAUUGAAGAAAGGAAUUCAUCCCCGGGAGGUGGACAGAGUCAGGUUGGAUCAGACCUUACAAGGAGCUAGGCCCAACCAUCUUAUUGUGCUACGGUUACUAUUAAAGGGGACCCGCAAAGCUCCCUCCUAUCCUGAGCUGAUGGGGCUAACACCCCAGAAGAGUGAGAAGGUAGUCGCACAAUCAGUCCAGGUAGAUGCCAAUGUGGUGGAGAGUGAUGAGAAAUCUGAGUGGGGGGAGUGUACCAAGACCCCUGUAGAGCAGUCUACCCCAAAAGUUACCCUUGUUAAGUCACCAGAAGAAGGGGGUCAAGUCCAUGAGCAGGUACAACAAGCUUUGCUGCAAGUGAUGGAGGCUCAGGCUGAGCGAACUGGCAUCCGGAAGUGCUAUAAGUGUGACGAUCCAAGGCAUUUCAGGGCCCAGUGUCAACAGAAGGAAGGAAGUACUGAACUGUUGGCAGAAUUAGUAAAGAUGUUACAGAAAUUGCUGAAAGAACAGCCAGUGGGAAACUUUGGGGGGUCUUAG